UUUUAAAAUGUUUUUGAUUUUAUUUAUUUCAUUUUUAUUAUUUAAUUAUUUAAUAGUUGAAGGAGCUGAAGAUAAAAUGAAAGAAGUUGAUUUGAAAAAUUUAGAAAGUUUUCUAAAAAAUAAACGUUGGAGUUAUGAAUAUCGUUGGGGAAAUGCAGCUAAUAAUAAUAACAAUAAUGGAGGAAAUUGUUGUCAAAGCGGUUAUAAUUCAAAUGGAAAUCCUGGUACUAAUUACCAGUAUAGAUGGUCAAAUAAUUAA